CCCCGCCCCCCGGAGCGGCGAGCGGGCAGCGCCUCCCGCGGCGGGAGACAGAGCCCUCCGUCUGGGCUGUCUUCCCAGCUUCCGCCGGCGACGGGGGCCGAGAGAAGUUGAGGUCGGACCGGACGCGUGCAGGGCCCCAGAAGAACCGGCCCUCUGGGCCCCGCCAGUCCGGCGGCUCCGCACCGAAUUUCCAGAUUCACGGGAUGAAUAAACCUUAGUGGAAAGAGAAGCAUAAACCUAUCUUCUUUCACUAUGGAGGCAGGUUUGGCAGAUGGAGAACCUGACCGAAUUUCGAUCUUGCCAUAUUCAGAAGUUGCUGAAGGUGAAGAGACACUUCUUGGUGAUAGCAAAGAUGUCCUUGGCCCACCAACUGUUAUAGCAAACAGUGAAGAAUCUCAACUUCUGACACCAGGAAAGAUGACUCAGCGCCAAGGGAAAGAAGCUUAUCCAACUCCAACCAAAGACUUGUGUCAGCCAUCUUUUAGUCCUGCAAGCCUUCAUAGUCAGGGUUUUGAAAGAGGAAGGGAAGACAUUUCUCAAAAUAGAGAUGACUCUUCACUUUCUAUGUCAAAGAGCAAGUCUGAAUCUAAACUUUAUAAUGGCUCGGAGAAGGACAGUACAGCUUCAAGCAAGCUCACAAAAAAAGAAUCUCUCAAGGUGCAAAAGAAAAAUUACCGAGAAGAAAAGAAAAGAGCCACAAAGGAGUUACUCAGUUCAAUCACAGAUCCUUCUGUUAUUGUCAUGGCUGAUUGGUUGAAGAUACGUGGUACUCUGAAGAGCUGGACCAAGUUGUGGUGUGUGUUGAAACCUGGGGUGCUACUGAUCUAUAAAACCCAAAAAAAUGGUCAAUGGGUAGGAACAGUCCUUCUGAAUGCUUGUGAAAUCAUUGAGCGCCCGUCAAAAAAGGAUGGCUUUUGUUUCAAACUUUUUCAUCCUUUGGAGCAAUCUAUUUGGGCAGUGAAGGGUCCAAAAGGUGAAGCAGUUGGAUCCAUAACUCAGCCUUUACCUAGCAGUUACUUGAUCAUCCGAGCUACUUCAGAGUCAGAUGGAAGGUGCUGGAUGGAUGCUUUGGAGUUGGCUUUGAAAUGUUCUAGUCUUCUUAAACGUACAAUGAUCAGGGAAGGGAAGGAACAUGACCUGAGCAUUUCAUCAGAGAGCACACAUGUGACUUUGUAUGGCUUAUUACGUGCUAACAAUCUUCACAGUGGUGACAACUUCCAGCUAAAUGAUAGUGAAAUUGAACGACAGCAUUUUAAGGACCAAGAUAUGUAUUCUGAUAAAUCCGAUAAAGAAAAUGAUCAAGAGCAUGAUGAGUCUGACAAUGAGGUGAUGGGGAAAAGUGAAGACAGUGACACAGAUACAUCAGAGAGGCAAGAUGACUCAUACAUCGAACCUGAGCCUAUCGAGCCUCUAAAAGAGACCACCUAUACUGAACAGAGCCAUGAGGAACUCGGAGAGGCAGGUGAGGCUUCACAAACAGAAACUGUGUCUGAAGAAAACAAAAGCCUUAUCUGGACAUUGCUGAAACAAGUCCGUCCUGGUAUGGACCUGUCCAGGGUGGUUCUGCCUACAUUUAUUUUGGAACCUCGUUCUUUCCUGGAUAAACUUUCAGAUUAUUACUAUCAUGCAGAUUUUCUGUCUGAGGCUGCUCUUGAAGAAAAUCCUUAUUUCCGUUUGAAGAAAGUAGUGAAAUGGUAUUUGUCAGGAUUCUAUAAAAAGCCAAAGGGACUGAAGAAACCUUAUAAUCCUAUACUUGGUGAGACUUUUCGUUGUCUGUGGAUUCACCCCAGAACAAACAGCAAAACUUUUUAUAUUGCUGAACAGGUGUCCCAUCACCCACCAAUAUCUGCCUUUUAUGUUAGUAACCGAAAGGACGGAUUUUGCAUUAGUGGUAGUAUCCUGGCUAAGUCCAAGUUCUAUGGAAACUCAUUAUCUGCAAUAUUAGAUGGAGAAGCACGAUUAACUUUUUUGAAUAGAGGUGAAGAUUAUGUAAUGACAAUGCCAUAUGCUCAUUGUAAAGGAAUUCUUUAUGGCACAAUGACACUGGAGCUUGGUGGAACGGUCAAUAUUACAUGUCAGAAAACUGGAUACAGUGCAAUACUUGAAUUUAAACUAAAGCCAUUUCUAGGUAACAGUGACUGUGUUAACCAAAUAUCAGGGAAACUUAAACUGGGAAAAGAAGUCUUAGCUACUUUGGAAGGCCAUUGGGAUAGUGAAGUUUUUAUUAAUGACAAAAAGACUGAUAAUUCAGAGGUUUUCUGGAAUCCAACACCAGACAUUAAGCAAUGGAGAUUAAUAAGACACACUGUAAAAUUUGAAGAGCAGGGAGACUUUGAAUCAGAGAAACUUUGGCAGCAAGUAACUCGAGCCAUAAAUGCAAAAGACCAAACAGAAGCUACUCAAGAGAAGUAUGUUUUAGAGGAAGCUCAAAGACAAUCUGCCAGAGAUCGGAAAACAAAAAAUGAAGAGUGGACUUGCAAGUUAUUUGAACUUGAGCCACUCACAGGAGAAUGGCAUUACAAGUUUGCAGAUACUCGACCAUGGGACCCACUUAAUGAUAUGAUACAGUUCGAAAAAGAUGGUGUUAUCCAGACCAAAGUGAAACAUCGCACUCCAAUGGUUAGUGUCCCGAAAAUGAAACAUAAGCCAACCAGACAACAGAAGAAAGUGGCAAAAGGCUAUUCAUCUCCAGAACCUGAUAUCCAGGACUCAUCUGGAAGUGAAGCUCAACCAGUAAAACCAAGUACAAGAAGAAAGAAAGGAAUAGACUUGGGAGACAUUCAGAAUUCCAUUGAAUCCAUAAAACAAGCACAGGAAGAAAUUAAAAGAAAUAUUACGGCUCUUCGAAAUCAUUUAGUUUCAAGCGCACCUACCACGGAUUAUUUUUUGCAACAAAAAGACUACUUCAUCAUUUUCCUCCUGAUUUUGCUUCAAGUUGUAAUAAACUUCAUGUUUAAAUAGUUCUUUACAGUAAACUAUUCAAUGAACUGGAAUGAUCAGAUUCGGCCUGGGAUCAAUGUUCAAGUUGGUUCAGUUUUAUUAAAACAUCGUUAUAUUUCUGAAACAAAACCUUAGAGAUAAAUGCAGAGGUGUUGAUCUUUCAUACCUUUUAUUUUUAACCUGAAACAAGAGCUAUUCUGUUUGGUUAUUAAAGUGAGCUAUGUGUUACGUGCCAGAACAUUUCUAGUUUUUGUGAGAAUGUGUUUACAUGUGAGUAUAAUAAAUCCACAUGUAUACACAA